UACUAGUAUAGCAGGAGUAGCUUUACACGUGAAUGGAGAACCGACGGGUAUUUCAUAAAGAUUGACCGUUCUUCUAAGAUUGGUCUGUCUCCCACAGUCUUUACAAAUAAUACCAUUUCAAUUUACACUACAAAAAUGUUUUAGAUUCCUUUUCAACUAUUAACAAACACAACGCACACUGCCACUUGCUUCUCUCCGUUUCUGGUUUAGGUUCGUUAAAAAGGCUGCAGGCUUUUUCGGUAAUUCACCGCCUUAGAUUCCUAUUGUCUUUCUUCUUCUUCUUCGUCUUCUUCUUCAGUUGCUUGUAACAAAGAUACCCAACCAAAAUUCAUAUGAUACGCAAUUAUGCGUUAAAAGGCGCCAUGUCGCACUGGAACAUUAUUGGAACUCAUGAGAUGGAGGAGGGGGACUCUUUGGUGAGAAGAUGGGAGGAUUUGGACACUGAUAUUUUGGUGAAGAUAUUCCAGUCUUUUGACAUCUUUCAAUUAACUUCAGGCAUUGCUCACGUUUGCAGUUCGUGGCGUUUGGCCUGCUGCGAUCCCUUGCUUUGGAAAACACUUGAUUUAUCAAUGCUAAAAUCUAAUUUCAUUAAAAUCCCUUUGGAGCCUUAUGUUUAUGUCGAUGGCCGUUCUGAUAAGACAUUGACCCGGGUGUUGAAGAUAUCCUUGAAUCUUAGCCAGGGAAACAUUACAUCGUUGAUUUUUCACUUCAAUCUGUAUGUAAGCGAUGAGCAGUUGACUUAUACUGCUGAAAGGUGUCCACGACUUAGAAGACUUGUUUUGCCAGCAUGGAACCGAAUAAAGAAGACUGGAAUAUGCAAGGCCAUACGAAUGUGGAGGGAUCUUGAAUCCUUGACAAUGCCAAGCAUUGCGAAUCCCCCUUAUCUCAUUGAGGAAAUUGCCAAUAAUUGUAGGAACUUCAGUGAACUCAAGAUCAUGGGCCCUUUUGAGAUUUUCUUUGCAUCCACACUAGCUGCAUAUCUUCCAAAAUUAAGGGUUUUGAGUCUUCGAUGUUCAAUGUUAAUUAAGGAUGCCUUGAUCCUUAUAUUGGAUAGUUUGCAAUCUCUCGAAGUGCUCAACAUCUCACAUUGCCUUCUGAUUGAAGUCCCUGCACCUCCUGCACCAAAACGAAUAAUUAGGGAGCUUGAUCAUACUAUCCUUGAGAAGGCUUCUCGAUUACGUGAAUUCUUAACUUGCAUGGAUGAAUCAUGUAUUAUGUGCCAGAGGACAAAAAGUGAUGAAGGGCUUAUGCGGUGGUAUAAGUACGAGGAAGGGCUGUGGAAGACAGAUGAGGUGAGGUCGCUUGCUCUUUGAUUGGAAUUUGGAGCAUUCUGAGACAAUAUGCAGAAGUUAUAGAACAUGUGCCCUUUUUCCUUCUUAUUGCUUUUUUUGAAUGCUAGAAACAGAAUAAAAUUAUGUGUGAAUGAAUAUAAUCAAAAAGCUGUCAUCAUUCUGUUGUGGUGACAAAGACGAUGGCUGUGGGUAUUCAUGGAGAGGUAUUAAUAUUUGCCAUAAUCUGCUCCUUCGGCAGAGGUAUCAUUGUAAUUGCAGCCAUAAUGUACAUAACUUAUACUAUCCUUUUCUAGUGAUCCAGGAUCGCCCUCUCUUUAUUCUAUGUAAUUUAUGAUUUAGGUAUCAAAUUUCAAGGGAUUUCCUCUUUUUUCCA